GCAUAAUAGUGUCUAUCUAUAACAAUACCUAAAAAUGCUACGUUCAUGUUAGCAUGCUAGCAACGCUAACAUACAAAUGUUAGCAUUUGUAUUCAUAUAAGUGUCUACACCUGAAAAUGACUACAAAUCAAGUUCCUUUGGACUUUAGUCUCCCUGAACUUGAAAAAGGCUGAGCAAAUCACGAGGACACGAUCAUGUCAACUUUAUUUCACACCUCAACUUCUACUACAUCAUCACAUUACCACCAAGUACAAACAUGCAAUGGAGGACCCUUUAGAAAUGCAGAACAAAACAUCAGAACUUAAAAGGCAAAGUAGUAGUACUAGCCUCCAGGACACAAUGCUACACGGACACACGGUAAUUCAUAAUAGUUUGACUUGAUUGGCCCGACGGCACUAUUAGUCAUCAAACCUUCCAAUCGUUUCCAGUAUAAGAGGAACGAUGCUCCUCACACGCGUGUCGACACUUUCUCACUAACAUGAUGACAAUGAUGUAACUGAUCUCACAACCUUGAUUCAAAUGUGACAUAUUUCAUACCAGAAUGACUUGCAUGAUAUGAAGAAAGGUAUUUGUGCAGAGGGUAAUUGUACAUUGAGUAGGAAACACAAGACAUUGCUGAAACUCCAAAGAGCCGACCAGAGAACCACUGAUGAACAACAAAAGGAACAAGAGAGCUCCAACCACAGCCACUCAGCGACUUAAACAGGAUUACCUCCGAAUAAAGAAAGAUCCUGUGCCUUACAUCUAUGCUGAACCUCUGCCGUUCAACAUCCUAGAAUGGCACUAUGUGGUCAAGGGUCCGGAGAAAACUCUGUAUGAAGGGGGUUACUAUCACGGAAAGCUCCUAUUCCCUCAGGACUUCCCCUUUAAGCCGCCAAGUAUUUACAUGAUAACACCUAACGGCAGAUUUAAAUGUAAUACCAGGCUAUGUUUGUCCAUCACAGACUUCCACCCGGACACGUGGAACCCGGCGUGGUCCGUCUCCACCAUCCUCACGGGUCUGCUCAGCUUCAUGGUGGAGAAAGGUCACACCGUGGGGAGCUUCAAGACGUCUGACCACACGAAACGACAGCUCUCAGCCCAAAGCCUCGCCUUCAACCUGAAGGAUAAAGUCUUCUGUGAAUUGUUUCCUGACGUCGUUGAGGAAAUGAGGCAGAAACAGAAAAUUCAGGAAGAGUUAAACGUCCACACUCAGCCCCUCCCCUUGCCCGAUGUGGUGGCCAAUGGCGACCCCAAGCAGGCCCAUUACCACCUCCCGGCCCUCACUGGGAGUCCCGUCCCGCUGGAGGCCCCCAACCCCGGCAGCCUGCAGCACCCCAAUCGCAAUCAUGGACUUUUAGGCAGCGCUUUAGCCAAACUGUUCGUCAUCGUCGGCUAUCGUAAAAAGCAAUAAAUAUUUUUGACACAGAAAUCAAAGCGAAAGUUGCACAU